AUUUGCUGAUAUUCCACGUUUUUAUGCACAAGUCCAGGAUUUCCAGAAAUCUUGAGUGGAAACAAUGUAGGUUAUUGACUAUGUUAAGACAGUCACUUCUGCCAUUUCUCGUAGAAACCAGGAGAUGUGUUAUGUUUGAGUGAGAAGCUUAUGAAAACAUCUACGAGCACUGAUGUGUCAUGGCAUCCAAUGCAAUUCUACCAACUUAUCAACGAUAUGUUAAUGGUGUUCCACAAGUUUCACUACGUAAAACAAUAAGGUUACGUGAAAAAUUUAUAAUUCUGUUGGUUUUAGGUACUUUUGGUGUGAUUUGUUUAGGGUCUCUCUUUUUUCUACCCGAACUACGUGGUGGGAAAUCAAUCCAUACUGCUUACAAACGUUUCAAGGAAGCAGGGCCCGAGUUACUUUUGCCACCCCCACCCCGAGAAGAGGUUGAUGCAAACUUGGUGAGGCAUGGAGUUGUAAAUAAUGUAGAAUUAGAUCCACAUAAAAAUGUAGAUAAACUUAAAUUUAAUUUGAAAAUACAAGAAGAUAUUGAAAAAGAAAGAAUUAGAAAUAUAGGUGUAGAGAGUGAAAAAACACAAGUGGAAUUGCCAAAGCCCAAUGAAUCGAAUUUGAAUGAUGGCAAUAAUGAUGUACAGUUUGGCGAAAAAACAGGAGAUGAAAAGUCAGAAAGUGGGAAAUCUUUUGGUCAUAAUAAUGUAUAUAAACAAGAAUAUUUGCCACAUGGAAAGAAGUUUGGUGGAGAUGUUUGGGUGGGUGAUUAUGGUGAACCAACUGACCCUGUAAUAAAAGAAAGAAGAAAUAAAAUCAAAGAGAUGAUGAAGCAUGCAUGGGAUAAUUACGUUCAAUAUGCAUGGGGCCAAAAUGAGCUAAAACCAAUUAGCAAAAGAGGUCAUUCUGCUGGAAUAUUUGGAAAAACUGCUAUGGGAGCAACAAUAGUAGAUGGCUUGGAUACCUUAUUCUUAAUGGGAUUGAAGGAGGAGUACCAGAAGGGAAGAGAUUGGGUGGCUGAACAUCUGAAUUUUGAUCAGGGAAUUAGUGGACAGCAUUCAGAGAUAUCGGUGUUUGAAACAAAUAUCAGAUUCAUCGGAGGGCUUUUGUCAUGCUAUGCGCUAUCUGGAGAUGUGAUGUUCAAAGAGAAAGCAGAUGAAAUUGCUCAAAAACUUCUUCCUGCUUUUAAUACUCCCACAGGAAUUCCUUAUGCUAUCAUUAACUUAAAAACAGGUACUAGCAAGAAUUAUGUAUGGGCAUCUAGUUCCAGUUCUAUACUAGCUGAAUUUGGAAGUCUUCAUCUUGAAUUUAUCUACUUAAGUGAAGUCACUGGCAAUCCUGUAUACAAAGAAAAAGUUACAAAGAUCAGAGAAGUCCUAGCUAAAAUGGAAAAUGCUCAAGGCCUUUACCCAAAUUAUUUGAAUCCCAAAAGUGGCAAAUGGGGUCAGCGUCAUAUUUCUUUGGGUGCUCUUGGUGACAGCUUUUACGAAUAUCUGUUGAAGGCUUGGAUUCAGUCUGGGGGGAAAGACCAGCAAGCCAGGCAGAUGUAUGAUGAAGCAAUGCAGGGAGCUGAAAAGAAGUUGCUUCAAUCCUCUAAGAGUAACUUGAAAUAUUUUGCUGACUUGAGAUAUGAAAGAUUAGAUCACAAGAUGGAUCACCUUGCUUGUUUUUCUGGUGGAAUGUUAGCCUUAGGGUCCCGGUCUCUUCCAGAUGACCGUAAGGAGCAUUACAUGACAUUGGCUAAAGAUAUUGGUAACACAUGUCAUGAGUCUUAUCAGAGAUCAGCAACCAAACUGGGCCCAGAGACAUUCCGAUUUACAGAUGAUAAAUUAGGAUUCACUAUAUACCCCAAUCACGUAAAUGGUGUUCUGAAUUUUUUCAUCCAGGCUAUUGAAAAACACUGUAGAGUGGAAGGAGGCUACACCGGAUUGAAAAAUGUUUAUCUUCUGGAUGGGCCAAAGGAUGAUGUUCAGCAGAGUUAUUUCCUUGCUGAAACCUUAAAAUAUCUUUAUUUACUGUUCUCAGAUGACAGCCUCCUACCACUGGAAGACUGGGUCUUUAACACAGAGGCACACCCUUUUCCAGUUAAUCAUAACUCAUGAAAAAUCUGUUUUUCAUUACAAAGAAUAGUGUCAAACAGGACAUUUAACUAUUGCUUUUAGAUAUAUGACAUUCUCACAGUAGUACUGACUUUUGUGUGUACAAGGACAUCUUCAAUGCCUUUAUCCAUUGAAGUAUUAUUUGCAAUUUACAUUUUAAACCAAAUACAUCAAAUAUCUUACAUAUGUGUGAACCUUUUGGUGGUAUUUUAAACUGUAUAUUGUACAGAUAAACUGUUAAAAUACAGAAAAACACAAAUUUGUUUUAUGCUGGCACAUUAAAUACAAUGCCAGUCAGAUAAUCUGAUUUGUAUCUUUAUUGUGUACUAGGGUGUACAUUCUCAAAUUUUUUGGAAGUGUUUCUUAUUAAAGGAUAAUGGUACAUAUUUACUAGCAAGUUUAGGUUCUUGGGUUUCCAGAUGAGUGUUAAUUUUUAAUCUAAUUACUAUACCUAUGAUACAGAGAAAAAUAUGAAACAAAACUACAUUUUAAGUUGUAUGCUAUUUUUAUCUGCUCUUAAGUUUUGUGUGAGAGUUGGUAUUCUAUCUAAUUUGAGUUACAUAGAAAUGCUUAAGAGCGAGGGAUAUGGUUUUAAGGUAUCAGUUUUUAAAAGUAACUUUAAUAUACAGAUAAAAAAGGGACUUACCAAAGCACUACUUCAUACAGUUAAGAUUUUAUAUAUAUAUAAAAUUUGUAUAUAUAAUUACAUAAGUAGCUGUGUUUUUCAUGUUGAUGUAGAUAUAAAACUAGAGUAAUAGUUUUAAAUGACCUAAUUACCAAUGUUUUAAUGCAUGGUUACUAAUAUUUUGAUCAAAGAGAAUGCUCAAUGUUCAAUAGUUGAAUAAAGCAUCUUAGAAACUACAGUUUUAAAUUAGUGUGUUACUGAUAAAUGAAUUGAGAAAUAAUAGAUAAUACAUGUAUUAUUGAAAAUUGUUGCUUGAAAAAAUUUAUCAAAAUGUCAUUUCAAAGAUUAAAAGUAACUACAUUAAUUUGUAUUUCAAAUAUACAGACUUUGUUUUUGCAGAUACUAUGACCUCUUCCUGUGUGCAUGGUUUUUACUUAAAACAUGAUGUGUUCAAACAAUACAGAUGAAAAAAAUUCCUGUUUCAUUUAAAAAUGCCUUCAAUGUUCAUAUAGGUUUUACUCACAAAAUUAUAACUCAGUGAUAAAACAUUUUAUAUUGACUUAAUAGGAAGUGAGAUUUUCAGAAAUGUACACUUGGUUAAUUCUGUUCACUAAUGGUGCAGCUAACUGGACCUUUUCAUGUAUGUUACUUGAUGUGAUCUUUUGAAUUACUUUAUAGUUAUUAUGUUUGGUGUGAUCAGUUUGAUCUUUUGUUGUGAUGGAUAUGAAUGUAUAUUUCCUGUGAGUGCAAACUUUUGACUUUUGCUUCAAAGAUUAUAUGUAUUAAAAUGUCUUUCACACUACUG